AGGGGUGGCCAGGGCGCCUUAUAAGAGCGCUAUAGGAACCUGGCGAGGACCGCGCGGUGGGGGGCGGUGGCCCUGCGAUGUCGCUGGUGUUGCUGAGUUUGGCUGCGCUGUGCCAGGGUGCCCAGCCCCCGGAGCCGAUGAUUCAGUGUGGCUCUGAGAAUGGACCUUCUCCAGAGUGGCUGGUCAGUCACACUCUGACCCCAGGAGACUUGAGGGACCUUCGAGUGGAACCUGUUGUAACGAAAAGCUCUUCAAUUUUGAUGAACAUAAGCUGGAUACUCCGAGCAGAUGCCAGCAUCCGCUUUCUGAAGGCCACCAAGAUCUGUGUGUCAGGCAAAAGCAACGUCCAGUCCUACAGCUGCGUGAGGUGCAAUUACACAGAGGCCUUCCAGACUCAGACCAGACCCUCUGGCGGCAAAUGGACGUUUUCCUACAUUGGUUUCUCUGUGGAGCUGAACACACAAUAUUUCAUUGGGGCCCAUAACAUCCCCAAUGCAAAUAUGAAUGAUGACAGCCCCUCAUUGUCUGUGAAUUUCACCUCACCAGGCUGCCUAGACCAUCUAAUGAAAUACAAAACCCAGUGCAUCCAGGCAGGAAGUCUGUGGGAUCCAAACAUCACAGCUUGUAAGAAGGAUGAGAAGACGGUAGAAGUGAAUUUUACAACCAGUCCCCUUGGAAACAAAUACAUGGCUAUUAUCCAAAAUAAAAAUCUGAUUGGGUCUUUGGUUUUGGAGAGCAAACUAACUCACGUGUCGGUCAUGGUUCCAGUGACCGAGGAGAGUGAAGGUGCUGUGGUCCAGUUGACUCCGUAUUUCCGCACCUGUGGCAACGACUGCAUCCGUCGCAAAGGAACCGUUGUACUUUGUCCACAAACAGAUACGUCCUUCCCUUUGGAUAACAGCAGAAGCAUGCUCAGUGGCUGGCUGCCUCUCCUCCUCCUGGCCUCACUGGCAGCCAUGGGGAUGCUGGUGGCUGGGACCUGUCUCAUGUGGAGGCAUGGUAAGGGCAAUAAUGCUGUGCUUUCAAGAAACCUGGGUGAAGAAAUAACACUUUGAAUGUUUUUAAAGGAGAUUCCUCUAGAGGCCAUCCCAUUUUGGCACUGAACAGGAGUCAGAUAGCAUUUACUUAAUGCCUAGAGCUCUCCUAAAAAGACUGACAUAACGACUGGGUCACAUCUGCUGAGCUAAAGCAGGGAUCGAAUCUCCAAACCUGUGGCUAUCAUCUGUUUUAUUUUUACUAUUGAGGCAUGGACAGGUACUGAAAAGGGCAAAGAUAGCUA